AUGCAGAGCACCGCUGACACCCACUGCCUGCUGUGUCACAGAGCUCCUCCAGGGAAGGUGGAAGAGGUGGUGAAGUUUGCUAUUGAUGCAGGUUACCGCCUCUUUGACUGUGCCUAUCUGUACCAGAAUGAGAAUGAAAUAGGGAAUGCAAUCCAGCAGAAGAUCAAGGAGGGGGCUGUGAAAAGGGAGGACCUCUUCAUUGUUACUAAGUUGUGGAACACGUUUCAUGAGAGAUCCCUGGUAAAGGAAGCAUGCAAGAAGAGCCUUGCCGCACUGAAACUGGACUACCUCGACCUCUACCUGAUACAUUUCCCCAUGGGAUACAAGGCUGGUGAAGAACUGAGUCCUGUAGAUGACAAGGGUAUGAUUAUCCCCAGUGAUACAGAUUUUCUGGACACAUGGGAGGCCAUGGAAGAGCUGGUGGAUGCUGGUCUGGUAAAAGCCAUUGGUAUCUCCAACUUUAACCAUCUGCAGACUGAAAGAAUCUUGAACAAGCCAGGACUGAAAUACAAGCCUGUAAAUAACCAGAUCGAAUGCCAUCCGUACCUUACCCAGGAAAAGUUGAUCAAGUAUUGCCAAUCCAAAGGGAUUGCUGUGACUGCGUACAGUCCCCUUGGCUCUCCUAACCGUCCAUGGGCCAAGCCAGGGGAACCUAUGCUGCUGGAGGAUCCUAAGAUUAAAGAGAUUGCAGUUAGACAUAAUAAAACUCCUGCCCAGGUUCUGAUCCGGUUUCUUAUCCAAAGGAACGUGAUUGUCAUUCCCAAGUCUGACAAACCACAGCGUGUUGAGGAAAACAUGAAGGUGUUUGACUUUGAACUGUCUAAAAAGGAGAUGGAUGUCAUCCUUAGCUUCAACAGAAACUGGAGGGCGGUUCCAGUGCUCCCGGCUGUCAAUCACAAGGACUACCCAUUCAAAGCAGAAUAUUAAUGCCCGUGGUUUCUGCGAGAGCUCCAUGUACAACAGAUCAGAUGUACCCUGUAGGUUAGCUUUGAUUUGUUCUUUUGUACUGACAAUCAUUAAGAAGAGUUACUUGCCCUCCUCUUCAGGAGGAGACCACUAGUUGAUGAAAUAAUGCAUCAGUGGGGAUGGCUCUUCUGCUGAGAUGGCAAGCAGAAAUCUGUUCCUGAUUAAUGGUAAAAAGACAAUGUCACUUCAUUUCCUCUUUUCAUUGUCUUCCUUAAUUCAGGACAUGUUUAACAAAAAAAUCUGAUUACUUACAAGAUUUUUUAUAUGUCGUUUUCAGUGUGGUAACUGACCUGUUAACAGCUGUCAAGGAAUGCAGUCUUUUAUUACUCUGCUUUUUAUAUAGUUGUGAUUUUUAUAGUCUGAAUUUCUUAAUAGUCUAAAACUUUAUAUGAAUAAAGUUUGAA